CCCCUCCUCUCUCAGACAGUCCUAGCUAGGAGGAGUCAGUGUGUGAUACAUCUGGUGCGGCCUGUCCGUCCCGCUAUCAUAGGCAAACUGAGGUCAAUGGUAAGUGGUGGGACCUGCAGCAGACCCGACGCGAUGUGUCACCGCGGAGGGAAUAGCGUCACGUAGACCCGCAAAGAGCGCUUCACCGAGCUGGAGGUGGUGCUGCAGCCCGAGUGCAGGAAGGGGCUGAUAGAAGCGGCGCACACAGGGGCGGGAGGGGAGCACCUGACCCGGCAUCAGACAUGGCACAACCUGUCCCAGACCUACUGGUGGAGGGGUGAGAGCACAGAGCACAUUGGGGAGGGGGGGGAAAGGCCUCCUGUAUUAUACAGAUAUCCCAAGUAUAAUGAAUGAAGGUGAUUGGAAUGCAUUGGGUCAAUUUGACAUACAAUGAAUGUGCCACGCGUAUCCAUAUGUAUUAUGUGGAUAUGGAAGAGACUGCUGGAAAAUGUGGUGCUCGUUCUUCAGACUCCAGAUAAUCUUUGUGAUUCUGACUGGAUUAGCCGUGCUCGUAUUAGUUAACAACAUCCACCUAGUCGAGCAUCUGAAUCAUGAAAUGGACUUUGAUUUAAAGCAGACGGAGAAAAAUAUUGAUACAAACGGGCCAUUCUCAGUGGGGACCAAAGGAACAUAUUGUGAUUAUCAGCAUCAAGCUUUGUCUAGAGCAGAGCAUGCAGAACAAGAAUUGUUACUUAACUCUCUGAAGUGGCUGGGACCACCACACAAUGAGAUAACGUUUUUAAGCAGUACUGACGCUACUCAUAGUCGUUUUGUCAUUUUACACUCCCAGUCAUUGUUUAAAGUAGGCGAUGUAAUGGAGGUACUGGUCAGAAUGCAGGAUUUUGAAGGAAAUCCGAAACAUUAUGGAGGCGAUUACUUGCAGGCAAGGAUUCACUCGCCUUUGUUGAAAGCUGGAGCAGUAGGGAAAGUAGUGGACCAUCAGAACGGAUUCUAUUCUGUCUACUUUACUUUGCUCUGGCCUGGAAAGAUCACUGUGUCAGUAACUUUGGUGCAUCCAAGUGAAGGGAUCCAGGUUCUUAAGCGUUUACGGGAAGAGAAGCCUGACCGUGUGUACUUUAAGAGUUUGUUCCGAUCUGGCGAAACUGCAGAGACUAAAAUGUGCAAUAUUUGUUUGCCUAGAAAACUGCCUGUAUGCAAUUACACAGACCUAAAAACUGGCGAGCCCUGGUUUUGUUACAAGCCCAAGAAAUUGUCUUGCUCUAAUAGGAUCAAUCAUGCAAAAGGAGGGUACUCGAAGAAUCUUUUGACCUAUGAUGAACAGCUUUUCUUUCAAAGUGGCAUAAAUAUAAAAGUACCAGUUAUGGCUAGUGGACCGGACACAGUGACUGUACACCGCUUACAAAAAAAAGAUAACUAUAUGCUCCAUAACUUCAAAUUCCUUCCAUCUGGUUAUUAUUACCAAGACCGCUGGAUAUCUGGGAGAUCAUUUGUACGGCAAUUCAGCCGGCCUUCAGAAGUCACUGCAUGCUUACAAGGCAAAGUAGUGCAUUUAUUUGGGGAUUCUACAAUCAGGCAGUGGUUUGAAUAUCUAACAGAGUUUGUACCAGACCUUAAGCCAUUUGACCUUGGAAGCCCUAAAAAUGUUGGGCCUUUUUUGUCCAUUGACGUUGAACAUAACAUAAUGCUGAAAUUCCGCUGCCAUGGACCACCAAUCCGUUUCUCAACGGUUUCUAGCAACGAACUCCGCUACAUUGCUAAUGAACUGGAUGGAAUAGUGGGUGGACAAAACACAGUGGUGGCUAUAACCAUAUGGUCCCACUUUAGCACAUUCCCUGUGGAGGUUUAUAUACGGCGUUUGAGAAACAUCCGAGCAGCAAUUCUUCGUCUGCUGGAACGGAGCCCGGACACUGCAAUCGUUAUACGCUCCGCAAAUGUCCAGGAGCUAGGGCCUGAAGUGAGCCUAUUUAACAGUGAUUGGUUUUCAUUGCAGCUUGACACGGUCAUGAGGUCUAUGUUUGCAGGUAUCCAUGUUCUUAUUGUAGAUGCUUGGGAAAUGUCACUGGCCCACUAUCUCCCACAUGCAUUACAUCCUGAACCAGUCAUUGUGAAGAGUCAGAUAGAUGAAUUUUUGUCAUUUGUAUGUCCAAAUUAAAGUUACUGGCAAAGGAGAGAGUGUAUCAUUCCUUCCACACCAAAAUAUCCAUUGGCGUUUAUUUGAUUUCUGCUUAGUUUGUAAGCCAUAAAGCCCUGUGAACUGUAAAAAGGUAAUGCAGAACUAUUAGCAUAUAAUAAUAAUAAAUACUUACUAGCAUAUUAAAGCUGCUGAAACAUUUUUGUUUUUUUAAAUUAAAAUGAAAUUAAUGUCAACAUACUUGGGUCAGUUUU